GACCCACCUGAUCACUCACCCUCCCGCGCGUACACAGCCUUAGCCUGCCGUGGACGCUUCCACCGCUCUCAGGCAGGCGCGGGAAAUGGGCACAGUGGAACCUCUGGUAGUCGCUGCCCCCUCCCCGCCGACAGAGAAGCCAAGUCAAAGUCUGAACUGCGGUAGCGUCUGUGCCCCCUCUGCCUGGGCACCAAGGCCGCCCCCUCCUAGGGCCUAGGGCCGCCUGGGUCACCCACCGAGCUGUACUCCGACUGUCAUCAACCCAUUUUCUGGAUGAGCAGAAGCCACCCGCUGAGGGCCCAGCCUCUCUCCCCUUUGCCCUGAGCAGGCCCGCCCUUAAGGAGGGGGUGAUGGAAGGGCCGCUGGAGGUUGGGGAUGAGUCCCCAGACUCCCAGGGACACGCCACUGACUGGAGGUUUGCUGUGUGCAGCUUCAGGGAUGCCUGGGAUGAAGAGGAAUCUGUUGCCCUCAAGCAGAUUAAGGACUCCAAUCCUCCGGGUCCACCAGCAGGGACAGCCCAGGGGAGCCCCCUGCCUGAGGAACUUCAGUCACCCCCAGGACAGUUGGCUGUAGACGAGUCGGGAGAUGGCCAGGGUUGCACGUUAGAAGGUUCCUCACUCCGGUUAGAUGAACCAAUCCCCUCUGGAGUGGAGAGCCUCCUGUGCCCAAUGUCCUCCUGCCUCAGUCUUGAGCAGGGUGAGAGUGAUAGUCAAGGGGGAGGCUUGGCAGGGGACCAACUUUCAAGCAGAUUAAUGCCAGCCCACCUGGGUCCUGGGGGUUUGACCAGUGAUCCGGUGGACCUUGGAGGCCCAUCAUCUGAGGUAUCAUCAGAGCUACUGGAGGCAGACCACAGUGGCUCUAGCCUCCCUAAGCCUGCUGAUUACCUCCGGGCCCAAGACCUUGCCUGGGAUCUGCUGGCCAGUGGCAUGGCUACCUUGCCAGGGACUCGCGAUGUAGAAGGCCGGGCAGUGCUGCUUCUGUGUGCCCAUAGCCCGGCCUGGCUUCACCUCAAGUGCACUAGCCAUGAACUCCUCUGCCUCCUGCUCUACCUACGAGGCAUCCCCAGGCCUGAAGUACAGGCCCUGGGACUGACUGUUCUGGUGGAUGCCCGACUUUGUUCCCCAAGCUCUUCCCUCCUCUGGGCGCUCAGCCAACUGCAAGAAGCAGCCCCAGGGUCAGUGUACCAGGUGCUGCUACUGGGAAAGAUGCCGGAGGAAGUGCCUUCUGGGCUGCAGCUGCAGCAGCUGCCUUCUCAUCAGAGCCUGCUGAACCACGUCUCCACCUCCGGGUUGCCGGCUUCAAUGGGAGGAGGCCUGCCUUAUUCCCACCAGGCCUGGCUGGACUUCCGGAUGCGUCUGGAAGCCCUACUGCAAAGCUGCCAGGUGGCUUGUGCCCUGCUCCAGGGGGCCAUCGAGAGCAUGAAGGCUGUGCCCCAGCCUGUAGAGUCUGGGGAAGUUGGUCGGCUGCUACAGCAGGCACGGGUCCUGAUGGAGCACGUGCUAGACUCACCACGGCUAGCAUGGCUACAAUGCCAAGGGGGUUUGGAGCUGGCAUGGCUGAAGCAGGAAGUCCCAGAGGUGACCCUGAGCCCAGACUACAGGUCAGCAGUGGAUGAGGUUGAUGAACUCUAUGGCCGUGUAGAUGGACUGCUGCACCAGUUGACCCUCCAGAGUAACCGGCGAGUACGGGCACUAGAGUUGGUCCAGACUCUGGAGGCCCAGGAGGGUGGACUACACCAGAUUGAAGUGUGGCUGCAGCAGGUGGGCUGGCCAGCCCUCGAGGAGCUAAAGGAGCCCUCACUGGACAUGCUGCUCCAGGCGAAAGGCCCUUUUCAGGAGCUGGACCAGGUUGCCCAGGAGCAGGUCAGGCGAGGGGAGAAGUUUCUACAGCCACUGGCUGGCUGGGAGGCUGCUGAACUGGGGCCCGCUGGGGCCCGCUUUCUGGCCCGGCAAGCCAAGCUGACUGACUUCUCCAGGGCUUUGACCCGGCGGCGGCAGCAGCUGGCAGAUGCAGAGAGGCUAUUCCAUCUUUUCAAGCAGGCCUCGACAUGGGCUGAGGAGGGGCAGCGAGUGUUGGCAGAGCUGGAACAGGAGCACCCAGGGGUUGUGCUGCAACGGCUGCAGCUGCAUUGGACCAAGCACCCUGAUUUGCCUCCUGCCCACUUCCGAAAGAUGUGGGCUCUGGCCACAGGGUUAGGUUCUGAGGGCAUCCGCCAGGAGUGCCGCUGGGCCUGGGCACAAUGCCAGGACACCUGGCUGGCACUGGACCAGAAGCUAGAGGCUGUACUGAAGCCACCACUGACGACGACCAUGACAGUCAGCACGGCUAGCCUGUGUGUCAGCAGAGUCCCAGCUGCAUCUGCCACCCCUCCCCUGAGGAAGGCAUACAGCCUGGAUCAGAAUUUAGGGCAGAGUCUCAGACAGCCUGCCCACCACUGCCACCACGUGGCCACUGCGGCUGCCUGCCACGGACCGGAGGCUGGAGGUGGUGCCCAGCCAGGGUCAUCCCCUACCAUGCCUCUGCCAAGCACCUCCGACCCCAGGAGCCCCAGCAGGCUCCAGCUGGUGCUGGCGGAGAUGGUGGCUACGGAGCAGGAGUAUGUCCGUGCUCUUGACUACACCAUAGAGAACUACUUCCCUGAGUUGGAUCGUCCUGAUGUGCCCCAGGGCCUCCGUGGGCAGCGUGCCCACCUCUUUGGCAACCUGGAGAAGCUGCGGGACUUCCACUGUCAUUUCUUCCUGCGUGAACUGGAGGCCUGUACCCAGCAUCCAUCCCGGGUAGCCUAUGCCUUCCUGCGCCAUAGGGUGCAGUUUGGGAUGUAUGCACUCUACAGCAAGAAUAAACCUCGCUCUGAUGCCCUGAUGACCAGCUUCGGUCAUGCCUUCUUCAAGGACAAGCAGCAAGCACUGGGGGACCACCUGGACUUGGCCUCCUAUCUGCUGAAGCCCAUCCAGCGCAUGAGCAAGUAUGCAUUGCUGCUGCAGGAACUGGCACGGGCCUGUGGGGGUGCUGUGCAGGAGCUGAGUGCCCUGCGGGCUGCCCAGAGCCUUGUGCGCUUCCAGCUGCGACACGGCAAUGACCUGCUAGCCAUGGAUGCCAUUCAGGGCUGUGAUGUUAACCUCAAGGAACAGGGGCAGCUGGUGCGACAGGAUGAGUUCAUGGUACGCACUGGGCGCCGUAAGUCUUUGCGCCGCGUUUUUCUUUUUGAGGAGCUGCUGCUCUUCAGCAAGCCCCGCCGAGGACCCACAGGCACCGACACAUUUACCUAUAAGCGUUCCUUCAAGAUGGCAGACCUGGGCCUCACUGAGUGCUGUGGGGAUAGCAACCUGCGGUUUGAGAUCUGGUUCCGCCGUCGCAAGGCUAGGGACACCUUUGUGCUUCAGGCUGCCAGCUUGGCCACUAAGCAGGCUUGGACGGCUGACAUUUCUCGUCUGCUCUGGAGGCAGGCCAUCCACAACAAGGAGGUGCGCAUGGCUGAGAUGGUGUCCAUGGGUGUGGGGAACAAGGCCUUCCGGGACCUCGCCCCCAGUGAGGAAGCUAUCAACGACCGCACUGUCGACUAUGUCCUGAAGUGCCGAGAAGUUCGCUCUCGGGCCUCUAUUGCUGUGGCCCCAUUUGACUGUGACAGCCGCUACCUGGGGGCCUGGAGUUCCCUUCCUGGAGACCCCGCCUCUUGCUCUGUACUGGGGUCCCUCAACCUGCACCUGUACAGAGACCCGGCUCUUCUGGGAGUCCGCUGGCCCCUGUAUUCUACCAGCGUCCCAGAGGAAGCAGCGCUGGAGGCCGAGGUGGAGCUGGGCAGUCAGCUGUCUUUGACUCCUGAGGACUCAGAGGUCUCAUCCCAGUGCCCAUCAGUCAGUGGAUCCAGUGGCUCUGACAGCAGCUGUGUGUCAGGGCAGGUCCUGGGCAGGGGACUUGAGGACUUGUCCUGUGUCUGAGCCCGGGCUGGAAGGCAGACGGUGGAUCCAGCAGCUUUUGCUCCAAGAAAUGUCACCUCUCAGGAUCUGCUGUGACCAGAGUGUGGCUGCCACCUGGGCCACCUCCAGCCCAUGUGCACUAUCCUAUUGACUACUCUUUCUGAUAUCUGUGCCCAGUGGCAGACUGGCAGGGACUUCUCCUAAGGAGCCUGGCUGCAAAGCCUGAAUGACUACCCUGAUUCUUAGCUCCUGGCCCCAUGUCCCCUUCUCUUCCCUCUCCAGUUCCCACCCCAGUUACGGGUUAGAAUUAGACUAGAGCAGAGUGUGGGUGUUUCCAUGCUCUUGGCUGGUGGUACCCUACCAGCCUUGUGGCUUUGGGCAGCAACUGGGCUGCCCCUACCCUCAGGAGGAACAUAGGUGGGUUCCCAGCUGUUGUUUCCCAACCGCUGGUCUUAAGGCCAGCUUCUCAAAUGUAGGGCAACCCCACCCCUAUUGUACCCUUAACUGUUGACUGCCCUGGCUGCCCAAGCCCAGCUCUUCUUUUCCUGGGUUAGUUUGGUUAUAUUGACUCAACAUCUUUUGAAUAGCUUUCAGUUAGAGUUGUUAACUAAAAUUAUUUCAGUGGUUGUUAGGUCUUUGGUGUCUCAGAGAGAGUCCAGGCCCUUGACUCGUAAAUUACUCUUUAUUUAUAAUAAAAAUAGACUGACACACCUUCA